AUAGCAUCAUUUAUUGCAGAAUUCCUAAGUAAAAGUUUUUAAAUGAAUUAUUUGCUUGUCUAAUAUAGGACUUGCAGCAUUAUUUACCUGUUGUCCUGCUUUUAAAGAAUGUUUUCCUGUGAUUUACCAUAAAUUAAAUAUUGUGUUUGAAGUCAAAAUGUUUUUGGCACUGAACACAUAAUUAAUUUCUUUAUAACAUUUGCUCUCCUCACAUCCGAAACCAAUGGAACCAAUCGUUCUGGUCCACGGAGGCGCUGGAGAUAUUCCAGACUCCCGGGUCCAGCCGAAACUAUCCGGGAACCGAAAGGCGGUCGACGAGGCCUACGCGAUCCUGAAAAAUGGGGGCGGCGCUUUGGAGGCGGUGGAGGCGGCCGUGCGUGUGAUGGAGGACGACGAAGCCUUCAAUGCUGGUUACGGUUCAGUGUUAAACUUAGAAGGGGAAGUGGAAAUGGACGCGAGCAUAAUGGACGGAAACAGUCUAAACGCGGGGGCAGUUACCGUAGUAAAAGAUAUCGCUAAUCCUAUAAGUUUGGCACGUCUCGUAAUGGAAAAGACUCCUCACGUCCUCUUGGCUGGACAAGGAGCAAAUAAGUUUGCCACAGAACAAGGAGUAUCUAGAGUACCGCCUGGCGGUUUGGUCUCACCCUUUGCCAUCGAAGCAUUAAAUCAGUUCAAGUUAAACAAGGAUAACAGAACUGAGAUCGGUGCAAAAAAUCCAGGUGAAGUGGGGACGGUGGGCGCAGUCGCGUUGGAUCAGAACGGCAACUUGGCGGCGGCCACAUCUACCGGAGGAAUUAAUGGGAAAAUGGUGGGGCGUAGUAGCGACACUUGUAUGAUCGGUAGUGGGACUUACGCCGAUAAUAGUAUUGGGGCUGUCUCCACUACAGGGCACGGUGAAACAAUAGCAAAAUUCUGCUUGGCCCAUGCCAUAAUAAAGGACAUGGAAUACAAGAACAGCACGGCCGAUAGGGCCACAAAAGAGAUUUUAAAUAAAAUGAAAUUGAAGCUAAACAAUACUGCAGGUGCCAUAACUUUGUCCAAAUGUGGCCAGGUUGGCAUAGGCUUUAACAGUAAAAGAAUGUCCUGGGGGUACCGAAAAGGCAGCGAAUACCACUAUGGCAUAGAGCAGGGGCAGCACGAAAUCAAAACAAUCAAAAACUAAACCAUUUCAGAAAUUUAUUACUAAAUAAUAUCACAAACUAACGGUGCUUUUACUGUUAAUUAAAUUAAUAUGGUGGUUAAUAAAAAAUAUAUUAUUUGA